AUGGGUAUCUUCAGUCGCUUCCUCAAGCUAACCACCAUCGGCGGCGCCGCCACGGUCGGCGGGUUCUUCUGGUACACGCGCAACGACGUCUUCGUCCCGCUGCCUUUAACCGAUCGCAUCUUCCACUCCGCCCGCUUCAACGCCCUCAAUCCCCUUCGCAACCCUACCACCCACGAUCUCUGCAUCCGCAGAGUCCCCUUAUCAGACAUUGACCCCACCCUCCUCGAAAAGAAGGGAAAAUUAGUCGAGGCCUUUUGCGCCGGAGUCUGGAGCGGCUGGGGCUACGCAUUCCAACGCGCCUACCUCGCCCGCAAAUACCAAAGCCCCGAAACCGCCAACCAGCUCUGGUCCCGCUCCGAGCUGCGCUCCUCCACCUACGAACCCGGCACCCUGAUCACGGACCACUUCGAGGUCGUGGAGAAGACGCCCAGCCGGAUCGUCGUGCGAUGCGGGGCGUCUCCGCGUGUGCAGGAGGUCCGGCCCUCCGACGGUCUGUUUGAGAUGUCUGUGGAUGUGAAGCCCGACGAGGGCGUGGCGGAGUUUGGGCUCAAGAGCUGUUUCUUCCAGGGGCUGGGGAAGGCCGAGGCGCAGCCGAUGCCGGCGCAUAUCGUUUGGUUGCAUCAGCAGUAUACGAAGUUGUGGAUGGAGACGGCAAUUCGGAAUGUUUUGCGGUGA